CCAGACAGCACUCAAGCCUCAACUUAGACUGUCCUGUACUAUUCCAUUUACCACUUGAGGGUCAAUCUCUCAUAGAAGGUCAUGAACAGAAUGGAAGCGGGUGUGUGGAUCGUUCUAGUCAGCGUGCUGCUGGCCAUGACUGGGAUGGGUCAUUCUAUCCAGGAGGCAGAAGUUCUACAGCCCAACCUGCGCAUGGCUGUGGACUCAGAGGAGAAUGUAGCCGAGAACCUGGUCAGUGAGGAGGAGGUGGGUCGAGUUCUUGAAGAUCGUCUUCUGACCACAGUGCUGCGUUCUCUGCUCCAGGGUUCUCAGAGACAAACUAGGAACCCCUCGGUCCUCCACCAGCCCCAGAGGUUUGGUCGUGGUGCUAGAGGAGACUCUCCUGCAGAGGAGAGGUUACAGUCCCGAGACUGGGAGACGGUCCCUGGGCAGAUCUGGAGCAUGGCUGUUCCGCAGAGAUUUGGGAAGUAGUUGCACUGAGCUUCCAGAGGAACAUCCCCGUGAGAGCCUGGUGGAGUCUGAGGAACAUCAUCAGCCUUCACAGCCACUCAUGACCACUCUGUCACAUCUGAACUGCUGCUCUCCAUUAGCCUGUAUUGUGUCAUCAUACAUAAAUAAAUCAACAAAAUUAGGUAAAGACAUGAUCCCAUAUGGAAAAUAUAUAUAUACAUGAACAUGUAUUUAUACAUAUAUGAAAUGCAUUUCAAACACUGCAGUCUAUGCUGUAAUACAUUCAAACACUAAAAUGUAUUUCAGAAUAAUUUGCCAUAUUAACCACAUAUAUUUUAAAAAUACAUUAAUUUUAAAAUGUAUUGGGAAAUAUUACACAGAGACAAAAAUAAAUGUAUGUAAAUGUAUUUAUCAAAUACAAUAGCAUUUUGAUCGAUUGCUUUGAAAUUGAUUAUAGGUAUUGAUACUCUGUGAAAAUGCAGUUAUGAUUUCAUAGCUUGCUUAUUUGAUAUACAUUGUGUGUGAGUGUCUUACUGCAUAUGUACAUGCUUAAUGUAAAGUACAGUGCAGAUCACAGAGGUCAGAACCUCUGUUACAUCUAUAACCUGUAACCUUAUGACUAAUACAACUGAACAAUUAUAAUAACAAAUAACAAAUAUGAAUCAAUGUAUUUUAAACGUAGAUUUAACAGAUUUUUGGACGUUUUGAUACAUUGUAAUAUUGGGAACAUAUUUUUUUCCAUAUGGGUCAGUAAAGUUAUGACAUACUUCACUCCUGAAACCACAACAUCAGAGAUCCAUCACACAGCUGAGACUGAACAAGGAUAUAAAUGUGUUUAAAAAGAAAAAGAGAAGAACGAGUCAGUGUGUUUACUUUUGUGUGUGUGUGUGUGUGUGUGUGUGUGUGUGUGUGUGUGUGUGUGUGUGUGUGUAUUUGGGUAGGGGGGUGUAAAUAUUGUACAUAUUGAUGCUGGCUUGUUUACAGUUCUGUGCUGCUUAAUGAGCUAUUACAGUCAAUAACUGUGUGUCUGAUUUCCAACUGUAAACGUUUUCAGUGUAAAUCUGCUAAACAACUAACAGCCCAAUAAAUGUGACCUGAACGGC